AUCUCGUCUGCUAGUUUUACGCAUUUAUAGUUUAUUUAGACAUUUUCUGACCUGAUUAGGGCAGACAACGAAGACUAGCCAAUCAACAGUGGGCGCGUCAUGAUUAUCUUUCCCUUCUUGGUGUAUUUUUUAAGUGACGUUACAGCCUGACGAUCGUGGCAAUUUAGUUUAUCGGAUUUGGAGACACGAAAAACAAGAGUAAACACGAAACUCAACAUUAUCAAAUUCGCUUAGAAUAGUCAGACUUGGCAACCAAGUGCAGCGCGAGCUUUUCUUUUUUCAACGCUGAGAUUCCACGAGUUCUGUCUCAGCUGCAGCGCCCCCUCCUCCCUAUUCUCCUCCUUCUGACCUCCUCCUCCUUCCCCCCUUUUCUCCUUUCCUCCUCGUCCUAUGUCGUCAUCGGCUUUCGUUCAGUCAAAUAACAGGCGAGAAAAAAAAAAGCUAAAGCAAGACCGACCGGGUCGAGUUAGCUCGUGCUAACGGGCUUUAUCUAUUUUAUAUAAUUUUUUAAAAACCUAAUACUCAAAAUUCAGUGAUGAAUAAAGAAAGAUGAGGGGAUUCCUGGCGUUUUACCGGGGCUUUCACGCCCUGAGUAACCGUCAUGCCAGACGAAAAGCUGCGAAUGUCGGUUCUCGGUUCGGCUUUUGCGGAACUCAGCCUCAGCCGAGCUUCGGGCUGCUGUUCGAUAUCGACGGCGUCCUCGUGCGGGGGAGGCUGCCGAUACCCGCCGCCAGAAAGGCCUUCGAGAAGUUGGUGGAUUCUCAGGGACAGUUUGUGGUGCCGGUUGUGUUUGUCACCAAUGCAGGGAAUUGCCUCCGUCAAACAAAGGCAGAACAGCUCUCCUACAUCCUGGGAGUGCCGAUUUCCCAAGACCAAGUCGUCAUGUCGCACAGUCCACUGAGGAUGUUUAAGAAGUUCCAUGACAAGUGUGUCCUGGUGUCAGGACAAGGUCCGGUCCUGGAGAUCGCCAAAAAUUUGGGUUUCAAGAAUGUUGUCAGUAUUGAGAUGCUGAGGGAGUUGUACCCCCUGCUGGACAUGGUGGACCACAACAGGAGACCCAAACUGCCUCCCAGCCCUGUGGUGAACCUCCCCAAAGUUGAAGCUGUGGUUCUGUUUGGAGAGCCAGUUCGAUGGGAGACCAACCUGCAGCUGAUCAUCGACGUCUUGUUGACCAAUGGUAACCUCGGCAGUGUUCACCAACCCAGAAUGACGCCUCAUCUGCCGGUUCUGGCCUGCAACAUGGACCUCAUGUGGAUGGCCGAGGCCCAAUCGCCACGGUUCGGUCAUGGAACGUUCCUGGUGUGUCUGGAGAACAUCUACAAAAAGAUAACGGGCAGAGAGCUGAAGUACGAGGCUCUGAUGGGGAAACCCAGCGAGUUGACCUACCACUUCGCAGAAUACCUCAUCAGAAACCAGGCCGUGGGCUGGAAAUGGAAACUCCCCGUCACCUCCCUCUACGCUGUGGGGGACAACCUGAUGACCGACAUCUACGGUGCCAACCUCUACAAUCGUCACCUGGAGGAGAGAGCCGCCAGGAAGGACCAAGCUGUUGCCAAGAUGGCGGCGGCCACGGGGUCCACCGCCACCGUGCCCCGGGAGGAGGACGCGGACAGCCUGUGGGAGAGCGAGCUGGCGCUGCCCUCUGCCACCUGCUGUAAGUCAGUGCUGGUCUGCACCGGGGUCUACAACCCCAAAGCUGACCUGCCCUCCGACGUGAACCACUGCAUCGAGGAGACGGCGUUUCACGGACACCGGGACUUCAGGUUCGACCCGGGGCUGGUGGAACCGGGCCACGUGGUCCAGGAUGUGGCCGAGGCCAUCGACAUAAUCUUUGAGCAGGAGAACUUUGUUCCUCCCUAGAGGUUCCUGUUUGGUGCCAUCAUCAGUUCCUGUGGAAGAAGGUUAACCUGACACUGUGGACCAUGUUUCACCAGCGGCCGUAGACGGACAGUCGGUCCCAGGUACCGUCGGUCACAGGUACCGACGGUCACCCUCAACACUGAAACACAAACCUCUCACCGACUGCUGGUCCGUGGUACUGUUUUUGUGAUAGUUUUUUCCAUCCAGAAUACUGCAUAUUUUAAAGUAUUUCCUUCACUGCUUAUAUUUUUAGACGUGUUUUACGUUUGAUCAAAGCCUGAAGUCGGCCUGUGUUUUGAACAAAAACUCUUUUAUUCCUUCCGUUUGUCCCAGUUGGACUUCUCACCUUCACUACCUGAGAACCUAUGCAUCGACGUACUGUAAGAACCGACCCGUUACUGUAACAAGAACCGUUUCAUGUGCAAUAAUAUUGUCCUGUCCCACUGUUUGACUGCCGUUGAUACAGCAGCAGAGAGAGCUGUUACUAUGAUGUCACCGUCCAUUUACUGUAAACUUAUCCUUUAUUUACAUACAAGAAAAAAAACAACAAUAAAUACAAAUCCUCUGUUAAAGAAGCGGCGUCUGAGUAUGAAGAGGUUUUGCGGUUAAAUGUUUGAAUUUUUUUUUUUUUUACGGACUGGCCUUUAAUAAAAUGAUACAAUGGUCAUAAAAGCUGGUAUUUUCUAAAUCUAACAUUCAACAUUUAGCCAACUUAUCAUAACAUCGCGCUCAUCUUUUAAUGCAGAACUCUUGGUCUCCAAGUG